UGAGCUCACAGGUGGAACAUGAAAAUGGGUCAUGACCGGGAGGAGUUUACUCUGAGUGAACUUGUACGACCAGUGGCAUUGUUUUAGAGCCCUGCGCUUUGGAUCAUGCUCUUAAUCCUUAUCUGUGCCCUUUAGUGCUUCCACUGAGGAUUUAAAUUCAGUUUAGUGUGAUUUUACUCUGUUGGUCAUAGCGUUCUUUACUUAGCGCAAACAUCGACAUGUUUGUCAGAGCAGUUUUUCUCCUCUACUUUGUUAAAUUUACUUGCUGCAUGGAAAGUGAGCUGUGCUUUCCGAUUAGACUGGAAGACGACAGGGAUGAUUUUGACAACGACUUGGAUAUCAGUGUGAGAAAGUGUGACAUAAAGUUACGAGUUUUCCAGCAAGAAUUAGUGAUCGAUUUACAACAAGAUUCUGAUUUCAUUGCUUCCUCCAUCUCUAUCCAAGACGCGUUUUGGUUCUCCAAUACUGAUGUUGGCACUGAUUUGAGAGGGUGUUUUUACUCUGGAUAUGUGAAUGGUGACAGAGAUUCCUAUGCAGCUUUAAGCCUCUGCAAAGGUUUAAAUGGUGCCUUUGGCUUCCAGGGCUGGGAAUAUUUUAUCAGCCCGGUGCGCAAUGACACCCGGAGCCUACAGGACGCACACAUCGUCCGACGCAGAUCCAGUAACGACCUCAAGCAGAAUUCCACUUCCAGGUGCGCAGUGGAGAGCGAUCUAAGCCCCUCAGACGCACAAUCCCUCCAAAAGUAUAAGCGGAUGACGGAUCUCAACAAUGUUACCGAAACGAUGUCCAAGAGGAUGGGGAGAGCUAAAAGGUUCGCAUCCGUCCCCCGGUACGUGGAGACGCUGGUGGCUGCGGACGAGUCCAUGUUGAGCUUCCAUGGGGAUGACCUAAAGCACUACAUCUUAACACUGAUGUCGGUCGCAGCGAGGCUGUACAGGCACCCCAGCAUCCUCAACUCUAUCAGCAUCACAGUGGUAAAGAUCGAGAUAAUAUCGGAGGAGGACAAAGGUCCCAAGGUAUCCGGGAACGCAGCCAUGACGCUGCGUAACUUUUGCACCUGGCAAAAAAAGAUGAACAAACACAACGAUAAGCAUCCAGACUACUGGGAUACAGCCAUUCUCUUUACCAGACAGGAUCUUUGUGGAGCCUCCACCUGCGACACUCUUGGCAUGGCAGAUGUUGGCACCAUGUGUGACCCGAAGAGAAGCUGCUCUGUCAUUGAAGACGAUGGCCUUCCCUCAGCCUUCACCACCGCUCAUGAGCUUGGCCAUGUGUUUAACAUGCCACAUGACAACGUGAAGGCCUGUGAAGAUGUGUUUGGAAAGCUUCAGGAGAACCACAUGAUGUCCCCCACCCUUAUUCAGAUCAAUCGUACCAGCCCGUGGUCUCCUUGCAGCGCCGCCAUCAUCACUGAGUUUCUGGACAGCGGACAUGGUGAUUGUUUGCUUGAUCAGCCUCAGAAAACGUUAGUUCUUCCAGAUGUGCUGCCCGGAUCCUCCUAUGAUCUCGACCGUCAGUGUGAGCUUGCCUUUGGCGAAGGCUCCAAGCCCUGUCCUUUCCUGCAGCCACCUUGCAGUCGAUUGUGGUGCACAGGGAAGUCCAGUGGUCAUCUGGUGUGUAUGACUCGGCAUUUCCCCUGGGCAGAUGGAACCCUCUGUGGUGACGGGCAGGUCUGUGACCGAGGGGUCUGCUCUGACAAACAGCUCCAAACUGUGAAGUUGGAUGGGCGUUGGGGUAAGUGGGGUCCAUUUGGUUCCUGUUCCCGCACAUGUGGAGGUGGUGUUCAACUGUCUAAACGGGAAUGUAACAACCCAGCUCCAUCAAAUGGGGGCAAAUACUGCCAAGGAGUUCGUGUCAAAUAUCGGUCCUGCAAUCUGAACUGCUGCCCUGAGACAGAUAAGACUUAUCGAGAAGAGCAAUGUGAGACCUCUGGCCGGACUUUCAGUAGUACCCGUGUUGCCCACUCUGUGGUGUGGGUGCCAAAGUACUCUGGAGUUUCUGCUAAGGACAGAUGUAAACUCAUCUGCAGGGCUAAUGGGACCGGCUACUUCUAUGUGCUGUCUACCAAGGUUGUUGACGGGACUCCGUGCUCGCCAGACUCCACAGGCGUUUGUGUCCAAGGAAAGUGCAUCAAAGCUGGAUGUGACGGUGUGAUUGGCUCUACAAAGACGUUUGAUAAGUGUGGAGUCUGUGGAGGCGACAACAAGAGCUGCAAGAAGGUGUCGGGACUCUUCACCAAGCCUUUGCAUGGCUACAACUUCGUGGUCAUGUUGCCAGUGGGCGCAGCCAACGUGGACAUCCGUCAGCGAGGCUACAAGGGAAUGAUUAGUGAUGACAACUAUUUGGCAGUGAAGAACAGCAAGGGGGAUUACCUUCUCAAUGGGAAUUAUAUUGUGUCAGCUGGCGAGAGAGAUAUCAUUGUAAAUAAAAGCCUGCUGCGCUACAGUGGCACAACUGGCCUCUCUGAGACCCUGCAGGCUGUGAAGCCCCUGGGAGAGGCCUUAACCGUGGAAGUACUGUGUGCAGGCAAGAUAACACCUCCUCGCAUACGCUACUCCUUCUACCUUCACCGUCAGACCAAAGAGGACAAAAAGCUGAAGAAGGAGGAGCGAGCAAAUUCUGAGAACAGCGUCCUGACAAAAGAUGAAAUCAACGAAAAAGACAAUCUUAAAAGCUCAUACAGCAAGAAAAAUGCUCCUGUAGAGAAAUGGACAUCGGCAGCCUGGGAACAGUGCUCGGUGUCCUGUGGUCGUGGUUUCCAGAGGAGGAUGGUGCAGUGUCUAAGAUCAGAUGGAAAACCAGGGCUGGACUGUGAUUCUUCACACAGACCCUCUGCCACCAGGGUUUGUGGAGACCCUUGUCCUGAGUGGGAUAUUGGGCAGUGGUCACCCUGCUCUAGAACCUGUGGGAAGGGCUUUAAGAGGCGACCUCUCCACUGCAAAGACCAGUCUGGGCUUCUGCUCCCUAGGGAUCUUUGCAAGGACUUUCGUAAACCUCAGGAGCUGGACUUCUGCAACCUAAGACCUUGUCAGUAACUUGAAACUACAAAACAAUUUUUGUCUGUGUUUCAAAGGAACCAAACUGAACCUACCCGCUAGUAUUACGUCAUAUUAUGUCAUUUCAUAGGACAUUAAUGGAGAGUUCUCGGAAGAAAAACAAGAAUAUGAGAGAGCUGCAGCCAAGGAAUGAAUUCUGGCAGAUCAUUUUCAGAGACAUCAGUUUAACUUUCAAAGACAUUACUCAGCCAUUGCUAUGAAAGCUUCCACAUUUGAAAGUCAAAUAAAAUGUAAGCUUUCUGUAAUGCUAGUUGAUACACAAUGUUGAUCUUUAAGCAAUUAGGUUAUUUUACCAGAGUCUGCAACCCAUUUUAUGCUACUAUAGUUAAGUGUUAAGCCAUUAGAGUUUUAGCUGUACCUCACAAACAUUGGAUGAGACAGCUGGAUGCCAAAUAAACAGCAGAAUUAGCUGAACAAACUGACAAACUUCGCCUGUUUCCCCAAUGCAUUUACAUUUAGUCAUAGAUGCAUCAUGACAUUCAAGAUGAGUUGUACAGAAGCUGCUGCAGAUUCAACUAUUUAUUGGCAAUAUAUUUACAAAAAUUAUAUUGUUACAAGCUGAACUGAAUCACGACAGAUGGAUGACUGUUGACAACAUUGACAGGAAACUUUAUGUUUUCCAGCAAUUUCAAAGCAAAUAAUCAUGAUGUGGUAAAUUAUGUCCCGAGAAUCUAAAAUAUGCUUAUUGGUUUCAUAUCACUGCUCUGUUACUGCUCACUAAAGUUUCAAGCCCAAUGCACUUGCACACCAAGUCUGUAUUCCUCACACGAUUUUAUUGAUUUGAUGUGUUCAAUUAGUGUGGCUAACUGACAAAUUUUGAGCUUGACGGACCCUGAUUGGGGUCCUGUCAGAGAGAAGCUGAAUAAUCAAAUCUUUUUCCUACCAGCAAAUGCACCAUACUAACACCUAUCCUGUAUUCAGUGUGGAUGCUGUUGAAUGAAAAAGAUUCAAAGUUAGUUUGUUCCAGAAUUAGUGAAGUGUUUAAAAUUAAGUCAGAGCAAGCACAAAGAUUGUAAGGAACAAUUUAAGAGGAAACUGAGUUUUCUACAAUUUGCCUGAAGGGAAAUACUAGAUUUGGAAAUGUUGGCAAGCUUUUGGUAAUCUCACAGUUAAAAAAAAUAAAAAUAAAUUCUCUAGAACAUGCACAUAGUGACUGCUGUGUUAGUAAUAGUAAUCGUGCUUAUUGUUAGCGUAAAAUGCCAAACUGGGCAAUCCUUUUAUCUUUGUUUCAAAAAAGUAAAACUUGAUUUCAUAAUUUCUGCUCUUUCACGUGUAGUACCUCCUGCACUAUUGUGAAUAAUUAAUGAAUGAUCAGGGCAGAAAUUAUAAAAAAAAAUAUAUAUAUAAUGUUAUUCUUCUUAUGUUAUAUUAUGUAAAGAAAAAUUGGAUAAAACUCUAAAUCGACAGGCAACAGCUUUGCAAAAAAUUUGGAAACAAAAUUGGAAUUGGUACAUCUAUAUAUCAGAUUAAUCUAUUUGUGCAUAAUUGUAGCAGGAGCCAAAAUGUCAUCAAAUAGUAAAAAAAAACCUUUGGGACAUUUCACUUCUGCACCCAAUUCCAAGCCCUUUUUCUCUCUAUUCUGCCUUUGUUUGCCUAAACUGACUUAAUUUGUCAAAUGCCAUUUUAGAAAACAACAACUCUCAAAAAACAUAUUGAUGACACAAAUAAAAGAGUAAAAAAAUCAAACCUCAUUAGCGAUUCAAAAAUCUUUGAAUUAAGUGCAGCAAUAUCAUUGACAUAAUAUAAAGUUAUUUUUUAACAUGCAAUCAUGUAUGAAAAAUAUGGACUUGGUGUGCAAAAGUCUUUAAUCUGAGUGUAUCCUACCAAGGUGGGUUUAGAUCCCUGCCUCCCUUUAGUUCCCUGCAUGUUUCAUUGCAGCCCUCGUUUGACCUCAUUUGUCUUCACUGUUACAUCAAGCCUGUCUGGAACAGUUACCAAAAAUAAUUUAAUGUCAAUGAAAUAAUAAAACACAUAGGGAAUGUUCUUGUCCUGGUAUAUCUUUAUUCAUGGCCCUACAAUCUGAACUAACGUGUUCUUCCUGAAGGCUUGAUGUAAUCCUGCCAUUUGUUAUGUACUUCUUUUUUUUUAAGAGGCCAGAUUAAACAACCCAAUAAUCCAUCUUGCAGCCAACUGCAAGAUGGAUCUUAUAUUAACUGGAUUUUAGUUUCUUUUUUCUGUGUUUUUAAUCAGCUUUUGCACUUUGUACAGCAAAAUAAAAUGACUUACACGAGCUGUACUGUAUACUAUGUAUACAUUUACUCAGCUCUGUGCAAAAACAAAUUUUUUUCACAUGCAUUUGUAAUUGCCUUUGACUUCUACAUAUUUAUUCCAAAAUAAAGCAAUUAAUUGAAA